CUCCCAAAGUGCUGGGGUUACAGGCGUGAGCCCGCGCACCCGGCCGCCGCAGUUACUUCUGCACCAGCCAAAUACCUCAAGUCCGUGAGCCUCAGGCCCUGCGUCUGUUUCCUCCGACUGCGGUGCGGCUGGCACUGGCUAAGGCGGGUGGAAGCCGUCGCGGGUCCGGACGCGACCAGUUCCCGCCCAGCGGCCGGUGCGCAGGCGCGGGCAGGGAGGGCGGCUGUGCGGGGCGCUCGCGGGCUUCAGGAGGCGGGAGAGCGGCCCUGUUGCCCCGGAGACGCUUUCCCAGCUGCCGGCCGCGACCGCAACCCGCUAGGCCUUCAUCGCGAGCUACGCCCGGACCGAGAAGCCCCGGCCAUGGCCACGUCCGUCGGAGUGUCCUCGGUGGGCGACGGGGUGCCUGAGUCUGAGAAGAACUCAGGGGAGCCCGAGAACACCUAUAUUCUGCGGCCUGUUUUCCAGCAGAGGUUCAGGCCCUCUGUGGUUAAAGACUGUAUCCAUGCUGUGCUCAAGGAGGAACUGGCAAAUGCUGAAUAUUCUCCAGAAGAAAUGCCUCAGCUUACAAAACAUUUAUCAGAAAACAUUAAAGAUAAAUUAAAAGAAAUGGGAUUUGACCGAUACAAAAUGGUGGUGCAAGUAGUGAUUGGAGAACAAAGAGGUGAAGGAGUAUUCAUGGCUUCUCGCUGUUUCUGGGAUGCUGACACUGACAACUAUACUCAUGAUGUUUUCAUGAAUGUAAGUGUAUUUGGAAACCUCUUUUCCCUUUCUAAGGACAUGGGCACUGCAAGUCAAACUACUUACUAUUGAUUAGGGUGGAAAGACACUGCAGUCUUGUCAUUCAUCUUUGACUUCUGAAUGAAAUGAUUUUACUGUUAGUUUUUGUGUUACUAAAGCAGAAACCUAGAGUGCUGCUUAUAGGCAAGGAAACUUACAUGUUUACAUACGACAUAAUUUUUCAUGGGUUUGAAUUUCUGAAUAGCAUAUUAUUUAGUUAGCAUAUUAUUUAAACAUUAUUUUUAGCCACUUCCUCCGUAAAUCACUGUGUUCUAAAACUCAAUCCCGAUAAUCCUUAUUAAAGUAAUAAUUUAUAACUAAAAUUUUAGCAUCACUUAUUUGUUCAUUUGAACCAAUCACACUUUGCUAAGUUGCAAACAAAUGUGGAUGGCAGGGAUUCCAUGAGCAAAGGUAAUUUUUCUUUUAGUAAUAAAAUUUAUUACUUUAUCUUAAAGCCAUUUAUUAAAAUUAAGCAAAAAUAAAGAGGAAUCUUUAAAAAGAGGUUUCA